AUGGGAUGUGAAUCUCCCGCAACCGAAAGAGAGUACAGUGAACGACCGGGCUUGAGGGAGUGGAGACUCAAGCACACGCUGGGGUUUCAAGCGCCUCACCCUCGCCCUCACCCUUCAGCGAGUGUCACCACGAGCACGCUGCAAGCAGGGACUGCGUUCGCGCUGCUGCGAGCCGCAGCCAGUCACCAAGCUCUGACAGCUCUUCUGGGCGUCUCUGGCUCUGAUUCCUCGAGAUACUCGCUGUCCCUCUGCGACUGGACGAUUGCGAGCAGGAGACACGAAAAGAAAAGAAAAGAAAGAAGCACGACAGAACGUGCACUAGCGACGUCGAACGGAGCAGGGCCUGCAGAAGUACAGGCGACAAUUUGCUUGCUCUUUUGGGCUCUUCCGCGUCAAGUGGCCUGCCUCCUGGCCCUCUUGAGUCGACGAUUCACGAUGCCAGGAGCGGGCGACGCGGGCCUGCAGCUGCUGCAGCUGCACAAUCUUGUUCCGCCCGGGAGCGCCUCUGCCGAACGAAGCCUUCCAGACGAUCUGAAGCUUAUGCCGCGCCAGCACAACGACCACGAUGCUCUGUUGUAUCACCAUCAGCAGCCUGCAUGGCCGAUUGCUGGCCGCAGGCAGGACAAGACAUCUGAUACUGUGUUAGACAUCGUCGCUGCCCAGCAGUGCUGGCAGCCAUCGCGGCCGAAUAGGGGGUGCGGAACGCCAUCAGUGCCAUGGUUAUCGUGCGUCUGGCGUCUGAGCGGCAGGACUGAUUCUGCGUUUGCUCAGCUUGAGAGGCUCGCGGAUCUCUAUUCUGGUGCAUCGCCCCAAGCCAUGCUCAGACGAAUCUCAUUUGGGCCUCUCUCCAACGAUCAUGGCCAGGAGCCGCCAUCAGGUGCUUCGUAUCAUCAAACUCCCAUGGCUGUGGCUUAUUCGUGCAAGCCGGUUCCUGGCUGCAGCUGCACGCAGCACGCGGCAUCUCGAAUCACCAUGCAAUCCGUUCAGCCCACUGCCCGCGAGUGAGGGGUUGUGUUGCUUUACCCUUUCCAGCCCG